AAUGAGAAUGAAUCCCAGCCAGCAAAAAAAGAAAGAUACUUAACUAAAGAUGCAGGGAAGUUUUGCCUCUUCCUGAAAAUUAUACUAGUAGUUUUUUAAAAAUCAGGAUGGCUGCUAGUUUUGUUUAAAGUAUUCGUUCUGGAAAUUCUAAAGUUGGAGUCUGGAAGACUGAGGUUAGAAGCAUUUUCUUUGGCAGCAAGAAGAUACUUUUAUAGAAGCCAUGCCUGUUCUUGGGGUUGCCUCAAAACUGAGGCAGCCAGCUGUUGGGUCAAAGCCUGUGCAUAGUGCUCUUCCGAUACCAAAUCUUGGCACGACUGGGUCACAGCACUGUUCUUCAAGACCUUUGGAACUUGCUGAAACAGAGAGCUCCAUGCUUUCUUGUCAGCUUGCAUUAAAAUCAACCUGUGAAUUUGGAGAGAAGAAACCCCUCCAAGGAAAAGCCAAGGAGAAAGAAGACAGCAAGAUUUACACUGACUGGGCCAACCACUACCUUGCAAAAUCGGGCCACAAGCGGCUGAUCAAGGACUUGCAACAAGACAUUGCAGAUGGAGUACUCCUAGCAGAAAUCAUCCAGAUUAUUGCAAAUGAAAAAGUUGAAGAUAUCAAUGGAUGUCCUAGAAGUCAGUCUCAGAUGAUUGAAAAUGUUGAUGUCUGCCUUAGUUUUCUAGCAGCCAGAGGGGUAAAUGUUCAAGGUCUAUCUGCUGAAGAAAUAAGAAAUGGAAACUUAAAAGCCAUUCUAGGGCUGUUUUUCAGUUUGUCUCGCUACAAGCAGCAACAACACCAUCAGCAGCAGUACUAUCAGUCCUUGGUGGAGCUUCAGCAGCGAGUUACUCACGCUUCCCCUCCAUCGGAAGCCAGUCAGGUCAAAACCCAACAAGAUAUGCAGUCCAGUCUGGCAGCCAGAUAUGCAACUCAGUCUAAUCACAGUGGAAUUGCAACCAGUCAAAAAAAGCCUACUAGGCUUCCAGGGCCCUCUAGGGUACCUGCUGCAGGCAGUAGCAGCAAAGGCCAGGGAGCCUCUAAUUUAAACAGAAGAAGUCAGAGCUUUAACAGCAUUGACAAAAACAAGCCUCCAAAUUAUGCAAAUGGAAACGAAAAAGAUUCCUCCAAAGGACCUCAAUCGUCUUCAGGUGUAAAUGGUAACAUGCAGCCUCCGGGUACUGCUGGGCAGCCCCCUGCCUCUGCCAUCCCUUCUCCAAGUGCCAGCAAGCCCUGGCGCAGCAAGUCCAUGAAUGUCAAACACAGCGCCACCUCCACCAUGCUGACUGUGAAGCAGUCAAGUCCAGCCACCUCGCCCACACCAUCUUCAGACAGACUGAAGCCACCUGUCUCAGAAGGGGUCAAAACUGCUCCCUCAGGACAGAAAUCAAUGCUUGAGAAAUUCAAGCUAGUCAAUGCCCGGACUGCUUUACGCCCCCCGCAGCCUCCCAGUUCAGGACCUAGUGAUAGUGGGAAGGAUGAUGAUGCCUUUUCUGAAUCUGGUGAAAUGGAAGGUUUUAACAGUGGCCUGAAUAGUGGCAGCUCAACAAAUAGCAGUCCCAAAGUGUCACCUAAGUUGGCCCCUCCAAAAGCUGGAAGCAAAAAUCUCAGCAAUAAAAAGUCUUUGCUACAGCCAAAGGAAAAAGAAGAAAAGAACAGGGACAAAAGUAAAGUUUGCACUGAAAAAACAGUCAAGGAAGAGAAAGAUCAGGUGACAGAGAUGGCUCCAAAAAAGACCUCCAAAAUUGCAAGCUUGAUCCCCAAGGGCAGCAAGACGACGGCAGCCAAAAAGGAAAGCUUAAUUCCAUCUUCCAGUGGGAUUCCAAAGCCAGGUUCUAAAGUGCCAACAGCAAAGCAAACCAUUUUACCUGGCAGCGCAGCAAGCAAAGAGUCUGAGAAAUUCAGGACUACCAAGGGGAGCCCUUCCCAGUCCUUACCUAAGCCUACGACAAUGGAGAAAGCAAGUGCAUCUAGCUGCCCUGCUCCUUUGGAAGGAAGGGAAGCUGGCCAAGCUUCUGCUUCUGGCUCCUGUUCCGUGUCAGUGGCACAAAGCAGUGGGCAGAGCACAGGAAAUGGUGCUGUCCAGCUCCCUCAGCAGCAGCAACACAGCCACCCGAAUACUGCGACAGUGGCACCAUUCAUUUACAGGGCACAUUCAGAAAAUGAAGGUACCUCUUUACCAUCGGCUGACUCCUGUACCAGUCCUACAAAGAUGGACUUAUCAUAUAGUAAGACUGCUAAGCAGUGCCUGGAGGAGAUAUCUGGUGAAGACCCUGAAACAAGAAGAAUGAGAACAGUUAAAAACAUAGCAGAUUUGAGGCAGAAUUUAGAAGAGACUAUGUCCAGCCUUCGUGGGACUCAGAUAAGCCACAGCACCCUGGAGACAACAUUUGAUAGCACUGUGACAACAGAAGUGAAUGGAAGGACCAUACCCAACUUGACAAGUCGACCCACUCCCAUGACCUGGAGGUUGGGCCAGGCAUGUCCACGACUUCAGGCAGGAGAUGCUCCCUCCCUGGGAGCUGGCUAUCCUCGCAGUGGUACCAGUAGAUUCAUCCACACAGACCCCUCGAGAUUCAUGUAUACCACGCCUCUCCGUCGAGCUGCUGUCUCUCGGCUGGGAAACAUGUCACAGAUGGACAUGACUGAGAAAGCAAGCAGUGACAUGGACAUGUCUUCUGAAGUCGAUGUGGGUGGAUAUAUGAGUGACGGUGAUAUCCUUGGGAAAAGUCUCAGGACUGAUGACAUCAACAGUGGGUACAUGACAGAUGGAGGACUUAACCUAUACACUAGAAGUCUGAACCGAAUACCAGACACAGCAACUUCCCGAGAUAUCAUCCAGAGAGGAGUUCAUGAUGUGACAGUGGAUGCAGACAGCUGGGAUGACAGCAGUUCAGUGAGCAGUGGUCUCAGUGACACACUUGAUAACAUCAGCACUGACGACCUGAACACCACAUCCUCUGUCAGCUCUUAUUCCAACAUCACCGUACCCUCCAGGAAGAACACUCAGCCAAAGACAGAUUCAGAGAAACGCUCCACAACAGAUGAGACCUGGGAUAGUCCUGAGGAACUGAAAAAAACAGAAGAAGAUUUUGACGGCCAUGGGGAUGCUGCUGGCAAGUGGAAGACUGUGUCCUCUGGACUUCCUGAAGACCCUGAGAAGGCAGGGCAGAAAGCUUCCCUGUCCAUUUCACAGACAGGGUCCUGGAGAAGAGGCAUGUCUGCCCAAGGAGGAGCACCAUCUAGGCAGAAAGCUGGAACAAGUGCUCUCAAAACUCCUGGGAAAACUGAUGAUGCCAAAGCUUCUGAGAAAGGAAAAACUCCCCUGAAAGGAUCAUCUCUACAAAGGUCUCCUUCAGAUGCAGGAAAAAGCAGUGGAGAUGAAGGGAAAAAGCCCCCCUCAGGCAUUGGAAGAUCGACUGCCACGAGCUCCUUUGGCUUUAAGAAACCAAGUGGAGUAGGGUCCUCUGCCAUGAUCACUAGCAGUGGAGCAACCAUAACAAGUGGCUCUGCAACACUGGGCAAAAUUCCAAAAUCUGCUGCCAUUGGUGGGAAGUCAAAUGCAGGAAGAAAAACCAGUUUGGAUGGUUCACAGAAUCAGGAUGAUGUUGUGCUGCAUGUCAGCUCAAAGACAAGCCUGCAGUACCGCAGCUUGCCCCGCCCUUCAAAAUCCAGCACCAGUGGCAUUCCUGGUCGAGGUGGCCACAGAUCCAGUACUAGCAGUAUUGAUUCCAAUGUCAGCAGCAAGUCUGCUGGGGCCACCACCUCAAAACUGAGAGAACCAACUAAAAUUGGGUCAGGGCGCUCAAGUCCUGUCACCGUCAACCAAACAGACAAGGAAAAGGAAAAAGUAGCAGUCUCAGAUUCAGAAAGUGUUUCUUUGUCAGGUUCCCCCAAAUCCAGCCCCACCUCUGCCAGCGCCUGUGGUGCACAAGGUCUCAGGCAGCCAGGAUCCAAGUAUCCAGACAUUGCCUCACCCACAUUUCGAAGGUUGUUUGGUGCCAAGGCAGGUGGCAAAUCUGCCUCUGCACCUAAUACUGAGGGUGUGAAAUCUUCCUCAGUAAUGCCCAGCCCUAGUACCACAUUAGCGCGGCAAGGCAGUCUGGAGUCACCGUCGUCCGGUACGGGCAGCAUGGGCAGUGCUGGUGGGCUAAGCGGCAGCAGCAGCCCUCUCUUCAAUAAACCCUCAGACUUAACUACAGAUGUUAUAAGCUUAAGUCACUCGUUGGCCUCCAGCCCAGCAUCGGUUCACUCUUUCACAUCAGGUGGUCUCGUGUGGGCUGCCAAUAUGAGCAGUUCCUCUGCAGGCAGCAAGGACACUCCGAGCUACCAAUCCAUGACUAGCCUCCACACGAGCUCUGAGUCCAUUGACCUCCCCCUCAGCCAUCAUGGCUCCCUGUCUGGACUGACCACAGGCACUCAUGAGGUCCAGAGCCUGCUCAUGAGAACGGGUAGUGUGAGAUCUACUCUUUCAGAAAGCAUGCAGCUUGACAGAAAUACACUACCCAAAAAGGGACUAAGAUAUACCCCAUCAUCUCGGCAGGCCAACCAAGAAGAGGGCAAAGAGUGGUUGCGUUCUCAUUCUACUGGAGGGCUACAGGACACUGGCAACCAGUCACCUCUGGUCUCCCCUUCUGCUAUGUCGUCUUCCGCAGCUGGAAAAUACCACUUUUCUAACUUGGUGAGCCCAACAAAUUUGUCUCAGUUUAACCUUCCUGGGCCCAGCAUGAUGCGCUCAAACAGCAUCCCAGCCCAAGACUCCUCCUUUGAUCUCUAUGAUGACUCCCAGCUUUGCGGGAGUGCCACUUCCUUGGAGGAAAGGCCUCGUGCCAUCAGUCAUUCAGGCUCAUUCAGAGACAGCAUGGAAGAAGUUCAUGGCUCUUCAUUAUCGCUGGUGUCCAGCACUUCUUCUCUUUACUCUACAGCUGAAGAAAAGGCUCAUUCAGAGCAAAUUCAUAAGCUGCGGAGAGAACUGGUUGCAUCACAAGAAAAAGUUGCUACGCUCACAUCUCAGCUUUCAGCAAAUGCUCACCUUGUAGCAGCUUUUGAAAAGAGUUUAGGGAAUAUGACUGGCCGAUUGCAAAGUCUAACCAUGACAGCGGAACAAAAGGAGUCUGAACUUAUAGAACUAAGAGAAACCAUUGAAAUGCUGAAGGCUCAGAAUUCCGCUGCCCAGGCGGCUAUUCAGGGAGCACUGAAUGGUCCAGAUCACCCUCCCAAAGAUCUCCGCAUCAGAAGACAGCAUUCUUCUGAAAGUGUUUCUAGUAUCAACAGUGCCACAAGCCAUUCCAGUAUUGGCAGUGGUAACGAUGCCGACUCCAAGAAAAAGAAAAAGAAAAACUGGGUGAACUCUAGAGGAAGUGAGCUGAGAAGUUCUUUCAAACAAGCCUUUGGGAAGAAAAAGUCCACCAAGCCUCCUUCAUCACAUUCCGACAUUGAAGAGCUUACUGAUUCAUCCCUUCCAGCAUCCCCCAAAUUGCCCCAUAAUGCUGGUGACUGUGGCUCAGCAUCCAUGAAGCCCUCACAAUCUGCCUCAGCGUCACCCCUUGUCUGGCCACCAAAGAAACGACAAAAUGGCCCUGUGAUCUACAAGCAUAGAUCUCGGAUCUGUGAAUGCACAGAAGCUGAGGCAGAGAUAAUUCUGCAGCUGAAGAGUGAGCUCAGAGAAAAGGAAUUAAAAUUAACGGAUAUUCGGCUGGAGGCUCUCAGCUCUGCUCAUCAUCUUGAUCAGAUCCGGGAAGCCAUGAACCGGAUGCAGAAUGAAAUUGAAAUACUGAAGGCUGAAAAUGACCGGUUGAAGGCAGAAACUGGCAACACAGCUAAGCCUGCUCGGCCACCGUCAGAAUCCUCAAGCAGCACCUCCUCUUCAUCUUCCAGGCAGUCGUUAGGACUUUCUCUAAACAAUUUGAACAUCACAGAGACUGUUACCUCAGAUAUUUUGCUAGAUGAUGCUGGUGAUGCAACUGGACAUAAAGAUGGCCGCAGUGUGAAAAUUAUAGUCUCCAUAAGCAAGGGCUACGGUCGAGCAAAGGAUCAAAAGUCUCAGGCAUAUUUGAUAGGAUCCAUUGGUGUUAGUGGAAAAACCAAGUGGGAUGUCUUAGAUGGUGUAAUAAGACGUCUCUUUAAGGAAUAUGUAUUCCGAAUUGAUACAUCCACUAGUCUUGGUCUGAGCUCUGACUGCAUUGCUAGCUACUGUAUAGGAGACUUAAUUAGAUCCCAUAACCUAGAAGUGCCUGAACUGCUGCCUUGUGGAUACCUUGUUGGAGAUAAUAAUAUCAUCACUGUGAACCUCAAAGGGGUAGAAGAAAACAGUUUGGACAGUUUUGUUUUUGAUACGCUGAUUCCUAAACCAAUUACUCAAAGGUACUUUAAUUUGUUGAUGGAGCAUCACAGAAUUAUACUCUCAGGACCAAGUGGUACUGGAAAGACCUAUUUAGCAAAUAAACUUGCUGAGUAUGUAAUAACCAAAUCUGGGAGGAAAAAAACAGAGGAUGCAAUUGCCACUUUUAAUGUGGACCACAAGUCAAGUAAGGAAUUGCAACAAUAUCUAGCUAACCUGGCUGAACAGUGUAGUGCUGAUAACAACGGAGUAGAGCUCCCAGUUGUAAUAAUUCUUGAUAAUCUUCAUCAUGUGGGCUCUUUGAGUGAUAUCUUCAAUGGUUUCCUCAAUUGUAAAUACAACAAAUGUCCAUAUAUUAUUGGAACAAUGAAUCAGGGAGUUUCUUCAUCACCAAAUCUAGAGCUGCAUCACAAUUUCAGGUGGGUAUUAUGUGCAAAUCAUACAGAACCGGUGAAAGGCUUUUUAGGCAGAUAUCUUCGAAGAAAACUGAUAGAGAUAGAAAUUGAAAGGAACAUACGCAAUAAUGACCUAGUCAAAAUUAUCGAUUGGAUUCCUAAGACAUGGCAUCAUCUCAACAGUUUUUUGGAAACACACAGUUCUUCUGAUGUUACCAUUGGCCCCCGGCUUUUCCUUCCUUGCCCCAUGGAUGUAGAAGGUUCUAGAGUGUGGUUCAUGGAUCUCUGGAACUAUUCUUUAGUACCUUAUAUUCUGGAGGCAGUGAGAGAAGGUCUUCAGAUGUAUGGGAAACGCACACCGUGGGAAGAUCCUUCAAAGUGGGUGCUUGACACAUACCCAUGGAGCUCAGCAUCUCUGCCUCAGGAGAGCCCAGCCUUACUUCCACUGCGACCAGAAGAUGUUGGAUAUGAAAGCUGCACAUCCACUAAGGAGGCCACAACCUCAAAGCACAUUCCACAAACUGACACAGAAGGAGAUCCCCUGAUGAAUAUGCUAAUGAAACUUCAAGAAGCAGCCAAUUACUCGAGCACACAAAGCUGCGACAGCGAAAGCACCAGCCACCAUGAAGACAUUUUGGAUUCAUCUCUUGAAUCUACCCUCUAGAGGAUGAAAAAUGUUAGGGGAAAAGACUGCUUUUAAAAAAAUGUUUAAAAAGAAAGGUAUUUUCACUAAACCACUGCCAGUAUAAAAGCACCCUGUCAAGGGCCCUGACCCAGAGUUGUGGUCUCCAAGGAGGCAGCAGAACUAAGUCUGAACCGCCGAGAUGCUAAAUUGCAAUGGAAGCUUAACUUUAGUUAAUUUCUAAGCAUUUUUUAUAUCCAUGGAGUAAUAGAAGGCUCCAUUACUCAACUGGAAAGGACCCUAAUGACAGGGCAACUGAACAGAUUGCACACGGGAUAGCCAAACUGGACUUUCUUUGUUUCCUCUUUAAAAGUUUACAAUGCAGACCAUUUUUUUGUCCUUUCCUUUUGUUUCCUCUGAGGGGCUGUUCUUCCCCAGGCAGGGUCCAUCUUUCUGAUCCAUCCAACCUCCUUUGUGCCACACGGUGCUGGUCCCAGUGCUUCGGUAGUGUUUGUGUUGUGCGCUCACCCCAUUCCAGAACAAAUCCAAAAGGCCAGUCCUCCAUAAGCACAAAUGGAAUUGUGCAACCACCAGAAAAACACUACUAUGGCAAACUGGACAAGUGCCAAUUUAAUUCUAACUGCCAUGUUCUCAUGAUGUGCUCCACCAACUUUUUAGUACAUGAGUCACCAGUUUUAUAAGGUUGUUUUUACCACAGUGGUCUUUUUAAACCACCUGCCCACUCCCUUAACAAGAGUUUUAUACCAAUUAUUAGUCAACACUGACAAAAGGCUUUUUUAGGGCUUUAUUUGUUUGAGCCUUUUCAGUGAAAGAAGGAACAUUUCCUAUGGUGCUGUCUCACUGCCUUAAAACAGAUUUCUACAACAGUUUAACAGUUGGCUUAAAUCCUAAACCAUUGGUAAUUUCCACUGUCUUUUCAUUUACAAUCAAGCAACACCAGUUAACACAGUAGCCUCAUCUCUAUAUAUCUUUCUUUUUUUUUUUUUUUGAAGAAAUGGAUAGGAGAAAGAUCAGUAUUUUUAACCUUGUGAAUAGAUUGUGUUGCCUAUCCUCCAAAAUAUUAAAAUAAUCCAGAAACACUCUUUGACCGUCACUUAAAAGCUAAGACAUGGUGAAAUUCCAUCCAGUUCUAAGUGAAAGAGUUUCAGAAGGCAGGAGAUUUCGAAUUAUCAUCCAGCAGGGCUGGAAGCACUAGAUGCAGCAUGAGCACAACUAUUCGGCUUUCCUUCCCUAUUUUUUUUUUAAUUAGUUUUGACGCAUGUUGUUUUGAUUGCUGUUGUUGUACAUGAGAAAUUCAGCAUUAAAGAACACUGAAGCAGUAAAGUCACUGUGGAAGAGAAAGCGUUUAUACUGUAAAAGAAGGUUAGAUUUGCACAGUCUACUGGGUAGGUAUUGUAAAUAAUAAUUUUUAAAACUUGCACAAAUCAAAACAAACACAAACAAAAGUGUAUUUUAUCCUGUUGGUGUUAAGAGGUGUUUCACUUGCUGAGAUUUCCUGUACAUUGCAAACAAAUACAGAAUGCAAACCCUCAAAGCUGUUAUUAUCUGGUGUGUUUGUCCUGUAUUUACAGUUGUUAUGACUAUGCAGGAGCUAUCAGUGCUAGAGUGAGCAUGCUUCAAAACUGUACAUGAAGCCAAUAUAUUUUUGGAUAAGUAAAACUGUCUGAAAGUACAUCUGUCAUGGCAGGCUUUAAAGAGAGUGCAUGAAAACCGAUCAGUCAUUGGAGAAGUUACCACCAUACACAAAGGACAGGUUUUGAGUUUACGAAACCCAAGGGCUAGGCCAUGGUAUAGACGUUCUAUGCGUGUGUGAAAAUGCGUUGCUUUUAGGAUGUGUAAUUGGUGCUACUCUCUGUGACCACCAAUGGGUCAGUUGCUUAGAAAAACACCACCACCACAAAACAUCUGUGCAGUUUUCAGAGUGUCACUAAGUCUACAGGUCCUUACAAGGUGCUAUUGCCCUAAGGGAAAUCCGAACUGACUUUAUGCACAUAGAAUUGUUACCCUGACUUUGAAGCCUCAAACAUGGAUCAAAUCUGUUGUGAAACAUCAAUAUAUGUAGCUGGAUGAGUGACUAGUUGCCCUUGUAUAAUAUGUGAUCAAAGAAAAUUGCUAAUCUUUCCCUGCCAUUUUGAGAAACACAGUCCAGACAUGAGCAUAAACAGAAUUCCUGCAAUACAUCCCAGUAGGUCCACCUAGUUUACAACUUAAACUAGUUUGUGAAACAUUUGUCUGUAUACAUUUUAUAUUUUGUACAUUUUGAUGUAACAUAUCAUGUAAAUAGGCAGAAACAGUGAAAUAAAUCAUCUGAAAAGUUUUGUAGUCUUUGUAAAGCCCCAACAAUAAGUACUUGGUGUCAAUGGACUUAACUGGAUGAUGUAUUUUCUAUUGGUUUAUUGUUCCUCUAGCUUGUAAACCAGCUUGCAUAUAUUUUUUUGCAAAUGUGCACCCUGUAUCCGUCUAAAUUAUUACUUUGCCAUUAAAGUGGAAUUAUUUAUUGACAA